UUGUCCGCGGGUCAGGUGAAAACCGAGAAAAAGCGGGGGAACCGGAGAGGUAGUAGCGAGAACGAACUGUGUAAAAUUGUAUGCCAGAGACAUAGAUCAAUCCAAAGCGAUGGUGAUGAAGGGAGGAGCAAUGUUCGCGAGUUGGACUCAGAGCAGCAACAACAACGUUGUGUUGUUGUCGUUGUUGUUGAUGUUGGUGGUUCUGUUCGGAGAUCUGGAUGUUGCGAAUGGGAAGUUGAGGCAUCAUAUGAACUACUAUGAUAUUGAAGAUUAUAAUGACCAUCCGUGCAAACGCCCCUGUUUGGAUGGAGAAUCUCCAAUGACGUGUGACUUCGACUUCCUGGUUGAACAUUACCACACCCUCACCAAAGCCUGUUAUGACUGCCCGCACAACGAGACGGCCUGUGCCCUCCCGCACUGUGUACCAGCAGACGGCGGACUCCGAGGGCUCAUUGUCGUCAACAGAAAGUUGCCAGGACCCGCCAUCCACGUACGUUGCUGGUUGUGCGUUUUUAAAGAAUUGCUGCCGCAGCACUGCAACAGGGAACUGUGGAAAGGAGCCAUUGGGGUUAAAGGCAAAGGUAUCUACAUGACCAUAAUGGACCCAGUCACUGGCAAGAACAGCACGACUCCAAGAGAAGAGUUUCUCUUGAAACCAGGGAAGAGGUAUCGCUUUCGUUUUGUGAGCAACGGCAUUCUGAACUGUCCAAUCAGAAUCUCCAUAGACAGACACGUGAUGGAAAUCAUCGCAAGCGAUGGGUAUCCGGUUGAGUCAUUUGAUGUGGAGUCCUUUGACAUAUUCCCAGGAGAGAGGUAUGACUUUAUUCUGACGACAAACCAGCCUGUUGGGAACUACUUACUUCGAGUACAAGGCCUAGCGGACUGUGGGGUGGAGUUCAAAAACGCCCAUCAGACGGCCAUCCUGCAGUACGAGGGGGCUGAAAGGGAUGUGGGAUACAACCCCCCGGCACCAGAGCUCCUAGGCACGAUCGAACCCCGGAACAAGAGACUCCUGACCCCACAGAUGAACCACAUCUCCAUGAUGCUCCCACCCGCCCCCGCCCUCACACAGAUGGGAGACAUUCCAAAGGAGAUGUUCUGCAAUAAUGACACGAUGACGCUGAACUGUACUGAAGAGUUCUGUGAAUGCAUUCACGUGCUUAAGGUGGACCUUGAUGACGUGGUGGAAAUCCUCCUAGUGGAUGAGGGUCACCCGUGGAACGCUAACCACCCAACACAUAUGCACGGUCACGGGUUCCGAGUCGUAGCUAUGGAUAAGCUUCUGAAAUGUCUCGGAUAUUCGAAGCCUGCAGUAGAGGUGGAAUUUGUGUUUAGUGGCAUGUGGUUUCUCCACUGCCAUAUAGAGUACCAUGUGGAAAUCGGAAUGGGACUACUUUUCCAAGUUGGUGACGUGUCGCAGUUCCCCCCGACUCCUCCGCGUUUUCCGACAUGCGGAAAUUGGGAACCGGGCGAGGCCGAAGAUAUAACAGGCGACGUCCCGAGUCCGGAAGGAGGAAAUGGCGCGCAAAGUGUCAACGUUUUAACGGGCUCGUGGUUCUGCUUGCUGUUUCUUCUGCCCUUCAUGCAUUACAUGUUCAUCAAAGUUUCAACGAUAUCUUGCUGA